GAUGAUUAUUUGAAUGACAUGUUUGUCAUUUUGUUUGUCAUGUAUAUUUAUAUAAACAACUAUAAAAGAAACUAAAUUACAUUAUGGUAAAUUAGAAAUAGCUUUAUCAGAUGUUAUACAUGCUGUGGCAAAGUAUGAAGUCAACCAGGUACAAAGAGAAGUUUUUUUUUUCCGAGAAGGCACUAUAGUGAUGUGGAAUAUCUCUGAAUUCGAAUGUGAAAAUAUAUUAGAAUUUUUAAAAAAAUACGAACAAAAUCGUUAUAUGGAAUCUAUUGUAAAAUCUGAAAGUGAAGUAAUGUGUUACAGUUACGCGGAUCAUGGAAAAAAGAAUCAUAUAAAGGAUGGUAACAUUAUUUUAGCUUUAAACGCAACAAAUUUAGAUAAAUACACAUUCUCAAAUGCAAUGGCACAAUCAGUCAAAUUAGGUAUAUGGGAAGCAUCUUUAGACCAUUAUAUAGAUUCCAUAGCAUUUGUUACUGAAGAUUUAAAGUCUGGUAAAAGGCUUAGAAUGACUCAACAUGAAGUAUUAAGAAAGCAAGGGGAAUUAUUUGCUUUGCGACAUUCAAUUAAUUUAAGUUCAGAUUUAUUAGACACUCCAGAUUUCUAUUGGGAAAGGGAUGAUUUAGAACGUCUUUACCAAGAAACUUGCUCGUAUUUUAACAUUGCAAAACGCACAAGAGUUAUAAACGAAAAAUUAAAUCAUUGUGUUGAACUUGUGGGAAUUUUAGCAAUGCGUUUAAGCGAUCGCCAUCAUAUUCGUUUAGAGUGGAUGAUCAUUAUUCUUAUCAUGGUGGAAGUUGUUUUUGAAAUAUUACAUUACAUCAACAGAUAUUUUUCAUAGAUUAAUAUCUAUAAUUGUAUUUAUAAGGUCUAAAUUAAUGUAAUAGUAAUUGCUAUUAUCUAUAUUGUAUUUAAUUGUAAAAAGAUAAAUAUAUAUUAUAAAUAAAAUUUA